UCCCGCCGGGCUCGGGGCCGGUUCCAUCCCCGCCAUGGCGCCCGCCAAGGCCGGCGGGAAGGGGACCGUGGUUCUGCAGUGCGAGUGGCAGCAGUGCUCCUUCGUGGCCUCGGAGAUGGAGGAGUUCUGCGGGCACGUGAAGCAGCACCUGCAGCAGCACCUCCCUGGCGAGCAGCGGCAGGAGAUGGACCCGCUGGAGGAGUACACGUGCCUGUGGCAGAACUGUGGUUUCUGCUCCCCGGCGAGCUCCGCUGACCUGGUGCGCCACGUCUACUUCCACUGCUACCACACCAAGCUGAAGCAGUGGGGGCUGAGGGCCCUGCAGAGCCAGGCAGAUGUCAGCCACUGCCAGCUGGACUUCCAGAGCCGGAAUAUCAUCCCUGAGAUCCAGGAGAACUUCCUGUGCCUCUGGGAAUACUGUGAGAGGUCGUUUGACAACCCCGAGUGGUUCUACCGGCACGUGGAGGAUCACAGCUUCUGCUCCGAGUACAAGGCAGCAGGGAAGGAGAACCACGUGGUGAUGUGUGGCUGGAAAGGUUUGUGGGGGGCUGCAGGGCUUCUUCAGAGGGUUUUGUGGCAAACAUGGUCGAGGAGAAGAGGUUUCAGAGAGCCCCUUGAUCUUACCUUGGAGAAAAAGCCACUGUUUAUUUAUUUNCCCGCCGGGCUCGGGGCCGGUUCCAUCCCCGCCAUGGCGCCCGCCAAGGCCGGCGGGAAGGGGACCGUGGUUCUGCAGUGCGAGUGGCAGCAGUGCUCCUUCGUGGCCUCGGAGAUGGAGGAGUUCUGCGGGCACGUGAAGCAGCACCUGCAGCAGCACCUCCCUGGCGAGCAGCGGCAGGAGAUGGACCCGCUGGAGGAGUACACGUGCCUGUGGCAGAACUGUGGUUUCUGCUCCCCGGCGAGCUCCGCUGACCUGGUGCGCCACGUCUACUUCCACUGCUACCACACCAAGCUGAAGCAGUGGGGGCUGAGGGCCCUGCAGAGCCAGGCAGAUGUCAGCCACUGCCAGCUGGACUUCCAGAGCCGGAAUAUCAUCCCUGAGAUCCAGGAGAACUUCCUGUGCCUCUGGGAAUACUGUGAGAGGUCGUUUGACAACCCCGAGUGGUUCUACCGGCACGUGGAGGAUCACAGCUUCUGCUCCGAGUACAAGGCAGCAGGGAAGGAGAACCACGUGGUGAUGUGUGGCUGGAAAGACUGUGACUGCAGCUUCAAGGGGCGCUGCAAACUGCGGGAGCACCUGCGCAGCCACACGCAGGAGAAGGUGGUGGCCUGUCCCACCUGCGGGGGGAUGUUUGCCAACAACACCAAAUUCUUCGACCAYAUCCGCCGCCAGACAGCCCUGGACCAGCAGAGGUUUCAGUGUUCCCACUGCUCCAAGAGGUUUGCCACCGAGAGGCUGCUCCGUGACCACAUGAGGAACCACGUGAACCACUACAAGUGCCCUCUGUGUGACAUGACCUGCCCGCUGCCCUCCUCCCUGCGCAACCACAUCCGCUUCCGCCACAGCGAGGAGCGYCCCUUCAAGUGUGACUACUGUGACUACAGCUGCAAGAACCUGAUAGACCUGCGGAAGCACCUGGACACGCACAGCAAGGAGCCGGCGUAUCGCUGCGAGUUCGAGUCCUGCAGCUUCUCUGCGCGCUCCCUCUGCUCCAUCAAACUGCACUACAGGAAGGUGCACGAGGGUGACUCGGAGCCCCGGUACAAGUGCCACGUGUGUGACAAGUGCUUCACGCGGGGGAACAACCUCACUGUGCACCUCAGGAAGAAGCACCAGUUCAAGUGGCCCUCGGGACAUCCUCGUUUCAGGUACAGGGAGCACGAGGAUGGCUACAUGAGGCUGCAGCUGGUGCGCUACGAGAGCGUGGAACUGACAGAGCAGCUGCUCAAGGACAGGGAGAARCGUGGCGAGGCUCUGGAUGGCUCCRGYGAGUGCCUGGUGCUGCCCGAGGGCGAGGGCAACCUGCAGGGCAUCCUUCUGGAGCCACCAGCAMCCCCUGCCCCRGCAGAGAGCGGCGUGUCUGAGCCAGCCCCAGCCCUGUGCUCUGCUGGCAGCCCUGAGCCACGGCCCCUGGCAGCUGCCUCCUCCUCCUCCUCCUCCUCCUCCUCCUCCUCGGAGCAAGGAGCCAGCGCUGCCGGCAGCCCCAUCAUCCAAGUGGUGAACAGGACCAACGAGCAGGGCCACAGCGAGACUGUCUAUUACGUGAUGGCCAGCACAGCCUCGGAGGAGCAGGGCACGGGGGCAGGGCUGCCCGUGGAGMUGGAGGAGAACGUCAUGGACAGGCUGCAGAAAACGGCGGAGGAGCUGGGCAUCCAGAUCGUGUGAGGGGAUGAGGAGAACUCGGGCUCUGUGGCAGGAGACCUUGGGGAGGUGGCUGGGCUUGCCUUCCCCAGCCUCGCCUCGCUGGGUGCUGCUUCUGGGGACAGGGGGGUGUCCCAGGUGUGAAUCGAGUGGUCUGAGCUGGAAAGAGUUGUCUGUGGGGGAGUAGGGAUUUUCAGGCUGCUGCCAGCCUCGCAGGAGGUUUGGCCUGGCCUGGCAGGGUGAGGUGUCACCAGCUGUGCCCUUGCUGAGUGUUCCCCUGGCAAGAGGGGGUGUGGAGCACAGGCUGGGGCUCUAGCCUCUCCCCUGGGGGGAUAUGUGGCCCCAACAGGCCUGUCCUGCCCCGUUCUCUCUCCCCAUGCCUUCAUCAGCACUUCUGCACAUCGUUUUGUGUCUCGCCUGGUGCUGGGAAUGGUGUUUGCCUCACUGAUCCCAUAACCAGUGCUGCUCUCUGCMGCUGCUGUCCCUUGCAGGCCACUGCAGCACUGGCACAUGGGGAGCUUCUUGCUGCUUUUGUCAUCCCCUGGAUUUCCUCCCCACAUUGGGGUYUGGGCUCCUGGUCGGGUGAAGUGUACUUUGAGAGUGAAAUAAAAAUAAACCCCAGGCUGCCA